AAUACCGACACAAGAUUUCUAUGCGAACGGGAGCGUCCGGUGAAACACGAGAGAACAACUUCCUGUAUGAAGGAUGAUAUUCUAACAAAGCAUUUAAAUUUUGUUUAUAUCAAAACAAAAUGGCGUCCUCGUAAGAGUGAAUAUUUUGUUAUUUUGUCAAAUAAAUCAUGCCAAAGAGGGGCAAGAAAAAAUCUGGCGAUGGAAGAGAGGAAUACGAAGGCCGGCCGGCUGAACUAACCUUUGCUGCCUUCUUGCCAACAGCUGCAAAUGAAACACAAACCACAUUUACACAAGAAAGUAAUGAAACAACUACCACUGGUGCUCAAGCACAAAUGCAAGACGAUAUUUCCCCCACAGAACUUCCUCAGAGCUCAGAACGAGCUCAGGAAUAUACUGUGGCACGGACAAAGAAAGGGAAACUGCCAAUAACUUACGAAAAUCGCUCUAAAGGCAAAAAAGUUACUGUAGUUUCCAAUGUAAGUGGGAAUGCUGAAGUGUUGCUAGCAGAACUGCGUAAACGUUUGGGUGUUGGGGGUGUUUCUCGUGGCACGUUUAUAGAACUGCAGGGUGAUCAACAGAAAUUUGUAGAACAAUUUUUAAACAAACAUCCUUGUGUAAAAUAAAAUUGUGGCAGAAAAUAUGUUUAUAGUCUGUUUGUCUCUUUUGUACAUCAUACUCCUUGGCUUGAAAAUUCUCAAUCAGUAAAUCAGUGAAAAUCACCAUUCAUAUAUUUGAUAUUUGAUGAAUAUUGAAGAGGACGAAUGUAGUAAAAUGGUAGUCAAAUAAAAAAUAACGAAAAAAAUGUAUUAAAUCGCCGUUGAAUGAAAUAUAAAUUAUGUAAUAAUAUAUACUAGUAUAGCACUAUAGGUCAUGUUGUAGUAUAAGAUAUC